AUGAUAACACACACGGCGACCCUCCUAUCUAGCCUGUUCGCCCACCGCGGCCCCAAGACGGCCCACGCCACGCUGUCGCACCUGUCGCUAGCAACGCUAGGUUGA